AUUAGUGACAUACUAAAUGUUGAACAAGACAUACACUAUUAUUCAGAUAUAACAAAAUUUGAUUAUCAUACGCAUGCGCCGUAUGGUAAUUUGAAAUUUAAUAACAAUGAUGAAAUACGUUUGUCGAAAUCGUCUCAUGACCUUAUUUCAUUAGUUGCAAAAUCUUUUCUUAUUGUUGAGGGGAAAAUUACAUGUACAAAACCGCCGGCAAAAGACAAACCUGAUGAUCCGCCGGUCGAGGCUGUAUAUACGCUCAGUUCAAAUGCAGUAGCACAUAUGUUUGAUGAGAUACGAUUUGAGUUGGCAGGUACAGUCGUUGCAAAGAGUCGACUAGUAGGUAUUACUUCUACUAUUAAAUCAUAUUUAGUGAAACAACUAAACGAUAAAAAUACAUAUAAUUUAGCAGGUUUCACUGAUAGUGCAUCAACACUAACUAAUAAUACUUUUGCUUAUUGCGUACCGUUAAAAUUACUUCUGCCAUUUUUCGAAGAUUUUCAACAUGUAAUUUUGAAUAUGAGACAAGAGCUUGUGCUUUUGAGGUCCGCAACAGAUAUUAAUUGUAUUCAGUCGUCGCAAGCAACAUCAAUGUCGUUGGAAAUAACAAAAUUGCUUUGGAAAGUGCCCUAUAUUCAUGUAGACGAUCAUUUAAGAUUGAAAUUUCUGAAAAUUGUUGAUCAGGAUAGGCCAUUGAAAAUUGCAUUCAGAAAAUGGGAUAUCCACGAAUAUCCUCAGCUGCCGAACAGUGUUAGCACGAUUUGGACUAUAAAGAUGGCUUCAAAAGCUGAUACACCGCGAUUUGUAAUAUUAGCAUUUCAGACAAACAGGAAAAAUGUAAUGGGAAAGUCAAUGUCGAAAUUGUCUUGCUCUAACAACUGCAAACAAAUAUGGCGGCUGAGGAGGUAAUAAUUGUGCUUGAAGUAAACUGGAAAAUAUACUAUCUGAUUUAUGAUCAUUGUGCAUUUGCAAAUAAAUGUAUACACACACACACACACACACACACACACACACACACACACACACACACACACACAGUCAUUUUAUUCUAUACAAUUAUUUCAUUCUAUAUGUUUGUUUUUUCAGCCUGGUUGAGACGAUAGCGGUCGACAAGGAGGUGGAGGUGGAAAUGGCGGAUGAGGAAUGGUGCAUGGUUGACAGCAGCGAAUCGCCGCCGGCAAAAUGUGUGCACUUUUCCACAGCGUGCGAUACGCCAAAACGUGGCGGAAAAGGUCGGGGCCACGGCAUUUAUUUUGCCGAUCAACGACGCGUCAUCGCUCAGGGCAGAGGCCGCCAAAUUGAUGUGGGUGGUGUGAGCGCGGACUCAUCAUUGCAACAGUCCAGUCGCAAUAGUGGUCAGCAAGCUGAAGCAUCAUCAUCAUCACUGAUUCUGCUAGACGUGACAAACUCAUCGCAACCGAGGAUCGUGAACGCUACUGCUACUAACAUCGACAACAAAGUUGAAAACAUUGACCCACAGCAAACAACCUCUUCAAAGCGUCUGGUUGAGAUGAUAGCGGUAGACGAGGAGGAGGAGGUGGAGGAGGGGGAGGAAAUGGUGGAUGAGGAAUGGUGUGCGGCUGACAGCAGCGAUUCGCCGCCGGCAAAACGCGUCCACUUUUCUUCAGCGUGUGAAACGCCAAAACAUGGUGGAAAAGUUCGAGGACGCAGCAUUUAUUUUCCCGAUCAACGCGUCAUCGCUCAGGGCAGAGGAAGAGGCCGGCAAAUUGUUGCGGGUGGAGUGAGCGCUGAGUCGACACUGCAGCAGACCAGUCGUAAUAGUGGACACCAAGCUGAAGCAGCAUUGAUUCUGCUAGACAUAACAAACUCAACUCAACCAAAACGGAGAGUCGUGAACGCUACUGCUAACGACGGCGACGACAACAAAGCCGAAAACAUUGAUCCGCAAACCUCUUCAAAGUGGAUGGACACCACCACACCCCCCCCUGCCACCACCCGAACAUUGAGAAGGCCCCACUCAACAUUGGAGGAGUUAUUGGCCCCUGACCCCCCUCUAUAUAUAAACACAACCCAACCCCCUCCCACCAUCCACCUCCAUCAAACCCCACCCAGAAACCCUCCACCCCGAAACCCUCCACCCCGAAACUCUCCACCACAAAAUCCUCCACCCCAACACCCUCACCCCCCAAACAUAGUGAUAGUGGUGGAGAUCCACCAUUAUCACCAUUACCCCCAAUGA